AUGUUUCAAUGCCCCCGUGAACAUGCGGCAGCACUGAAGGAGGUGAAGCGGACGGUGGGGAUCAACCACAGCUACCUCGACGGGUGGAUUUAUCUCUUCCUCGCCAACAAAAAAUUCGAUGUUGCGGAGACGGUCGCCAAGCUGGAACGGCGCGAUGAUAUGGAGCGCACGGUAUUUGCCAAGUACACGAUGACGGACAGUCUGCGCAAGUCGAUGCGGGCGGGCAUUGUGCAGUACAUCGGAAGGGAUAAAGAAGGGCAUUCGGUGCUCUACUUCAACACCGCGCGCGACAGCCCCAAGGCGGAGCAGCGGCCGGAGCGGCAGGCGAACAUGGAUAUGUUCCUCAGCUGGUGUGUGCGCUGCCACCGAAAGAACCCGACGGCGAUGGUGACGUGGCUCAUCAAUCAAGAAAACGCUUCGAUGCUUCGCAACACGGACCUGAUCUUCCAGAAGGAGAUGGCACUGCGCAUCAGCAAGUUCUUCCCUGGCGUCGUUUCCCGCAUGUUCAUCUGCAACAUGAGUAGUGCGCUGACGUUCGUAGUGAAGCCGCUGCUACGGCAGCUGCCCAAAACGAUCAGCGACUGCAUCUUUCUCCUCUCCGCGAGUGACAUCAGGAAGGGCGAGCUGCUGAAGCGCAUCGACGCGAACGUGCUGCCGCUAGAGAUGGGCGGGCGCAACGACUGCGACCACCCGCCAAACUACGAGCGCUUCGCGACGACCAUCGAGUCGUACUUUGACCGCUGCAUCAGAGCCCUCAACAAGGGCAUCUCCAUCAAAGAGAUGGAGGUGAUGGAGGAGUUCGGCGUCGACAAGGACGGCGCGCCCGUCGCUCUAGCAGGUGACGGUGCGGCCGCAGGGUACGGUAGCCCCACAUACCUUUCCAACGGCUCAGCUGUCAUGAGACAUGCGGAGGCGUACCGAGGCAUGUCCACUUUUCGGUCGGCCAUGCCCACGACGGCCAGCGAGGAGAUGCUCGACUUCGCCAUCAUGCAGGACCCUUGCGCCGUGUCGGUGGAUGCGGAAAGGCGGAGGAUUACAGUUCAGAGCGCUGUCCGGCCAGACCGAGAAGGUUUGCCUCUCACGUCGCCCACAAGCGACACCACUGCCAUCGCCUGCAACACGUCGUUCGCGUCACUGCCGACGGCCCCGCCAUCGCUCCUUAACCACGUGUCAAGCUCUGAGUUCUUCGAGUGCGUUAGCGAGCCGGGUGAAUCCAUGGAGGAUUUUCCCGACGCUACCAUCACGAGGGAAGGGCUGUACUGCGUGCACCUCAACUCGAUUGAGGAGUUCUCAUACUCGGCGGUGUUGCGCAAGGCGUUUGCGCAGGGCCAGGGCGGUGGCGGCGCCAUCGCAGAGCAGCAGGAUGCAUGUCUCCGUGACUGGAUCUCCUUCCGCUGCCGCUGCGUGGAGCUGAUGCCAAAGCUGGAGCACUUCUUGGAGGCACUGCGACUGGGUGCACUGCUGCCAGCAGACGAAAGGGAGCUGACCACCCAGCUGCGCCGCUGCAGCCACUUCAUGCUGAACCUCUUUCCACAGACGCGACAGACGUUGCCCUUUCCUUUGUUGGACUGGUACGCGGCGGGGCCGACGGCGCGCCACCGCAGUGCUGAUGCCGCCGCAGCCUCGUACACGGGCAAGAAGGAGGCGGCAUUUCACACAGUCGUAGACCCGUUUGCUGUGAACCCGCGGCGGCUGGCGUUCCGGCUAGACUGCACCUCUCCCGACAAUGUCCUUCUCUCUGCUCAGGCCGGCGCUAUCGAGUUUGUGGAGAACUGGGAUGACUUGAUUGCAGUAGACGAACGCAAGAAGCGGGUGGUGCGCCGCCUUCUCCUGACGUGGCCUCCGCAGACAGAUCGCUGCACCUUCGAGGAGCAGCUCCACGUGAGAGCGCGCCAGCUGUGGGCGCAGCUCACACCGCUGUUCCGCGCCUACAUCGAGGCCAAGGUGGGCAUCUCCAUCGCGGAGUUCAUCCAGCACUACGGUCUGCUCGUGCCGGGUGGCCGCAUUGAUGAGACGGCGGAGUGGUACCGGCUGCUUUUUUCGGCGGUGCUGCAGUACCGCGAGCUGCACCGCCGCAAUUGGCUCUUCUACGUCUUCCCCCCACCGAGGCAUGCCGGCACGAGAGCAGACGAGCCGCCAACGAUGGAGAGGCUCUUGCAGGCUCGCGGGGACACCGGCGCGGAUGUGCAGGCCGUGAUAUCGCUCAUGACGCUGGUGGAGCAGUCACUGCGCUACACCACCGAUCAGCUGCGCACGAACGGCGCCGGCGGUGCCGUGGCGACGCGCACUAUUGUGGAGCGCUAUAUUGAGGCGAGCAAGGCAAAGGUCUACAUCCCGUACGAUACGCAGCGCUCCGGUGUGCUGCCCAGCGAGAGCAUCGCGCAGUACAAGCUGGCCGCAGCGACGUGCCUGAAGAACGUGGAGGCGCCGCUGCAGGAGUUUCUCUUCACGAUGGUGAGCCUGACAGUGCUCAAGCAGGAGUACCCGCCCGACAUGACCAAGGGGGAGAUCAUGUCGGGCCUGCAGCUAGCCAAGACAGAGAGCGAGGCGCACAUCCAGGAGCGCCGCCAGCACCAGCGUGUUGCCAUCUCCUUUGCACGUAUCUGCUCCGAGCUGCAGGGCAGCUUUGGCCAUGAUAUCCACAACUUGCUGCCGAUAUAUUCCGCAGCAGGCAUGCAGGCGGACGGGUACGCACUAGGGCUGGAACUACUGCUGGCUGUGGCCAUUCUGAGAUGCGGGCGGGACAGCGACGGCAGCAGUGGACUUGACGGGGCGUCCUCGUCGACCCCGGCUGACAUUAUGCCUGCGGCAACCGCCUUUAGCGAGGACGAUAGCUCGACAGGGGGCGUUGACGCCGCGGUGCGUGAUGCAGCAGCGCCUCCCUCUCUGGACGUCGAGUCUUUGCGGGAGACACUGAACGAGAUGAGCCACCCCGCGUCCCGACUUGCAUCCCUCAAGCGGAUGUACAUCUUCUGA